AUGGACGCUCUGAGAGCAGCCGCCAUCGGUGUCGACCAUCCCGACGCGGGGGGCCUCGUCACCGCCCUCGCAUCCAGCACCGUGGCUAUCUCGACGGCCACCUCGUUGCUCUUCGUCACUGCUGCCUCGCCAACCGCCACACCGUCGCCGCCGCCGCCGUCCAGCCCCCACGACUCCGAGGGCGAGUGCCAACUGCUGGGGUCCUUUGCGCUGCUCGUCCAGGCCGCCCUCGGGGGCCUCGCGCUGCUGGCCCUCGUCUACAAGCGCUGGCGGGAGCGGCCCCAGCGGCCCGUCAAGAUCUGGGCCUUUGACGCCUCCAAGCAGGUCUUUGGCUCCGUGCUCGUCCACAUUGCCAACAUCUUCAUGUCCAUGCUCACCAGCGGUCGCUUCUCCAUCACCGCCGCCAACGUCGUCAGCCGUGGUACCACCGCUUCCGCUGCUGCCGCGCCCUACAUGCCCAACCCGUGCUCCUUCUACCUCCUCAACCUGGGCAUCGAUACAACCCUGGGUAUUCCCAUCCUCAUCGGACUCCUCCACCUCCUGACCGCCGUCGUCGCUCUCACGCCUGUCGGUAAGCCCCGCGAGUCGAUCCAGUCCGGCCACUACGGCAACCCGCCCAACGCGUGGUGGUGGCUCAAGCAGUCCGUCAUUUACUUUUGCGGCCUCUUCCUCAUGAAGAUCUGCGUACUCAUCAUCUUCAUCACCAUGCCAUGGAUAUCCAAGGUCGGUGACUGGGCGCUCAGCUGGACCGAGGGCAACGAGAAACUGCAGAUCGCCUUCGUCAUGAUGAUCUUCCCCCUCAUCAUGAACGCCCUGCAGUAUUACAUCAUCGACUCCUUCAUCAAGAAGCCCAUCUCCGAGACCGAUCCCCUCGAUGACGAUGAGCAUCGCCAAUUCCGCCCGCUCCGUCCCGACGACGACUCGCUCCAAGACCUCGACAGCGAUGGCGACGCUGACGACGAGGCGCCGCUGGUCGACAAGGCGUCUACCAGGACGAGGACUACGAAGGCCGGGAAUGCGGGUCGACGGGGCGCCGGCAGCGAAGAGUACGACCCGGACCUGGACGGCGACGCGAACACAAUCAUCGGCAGCAGCUCAUCAAGCACUGGUGCCAAGCCCUCGACGCCGGUGACGAUGAAUCUCUUGCCCAAGGAAUGA